UUCAAACCACAUUGCGUUUCAGUGUCAGCAGCACACAAUGAAGACUGUAGUUUUAAGCGUACGGAGCGCAUCGUUUUAUGGCAUUGAAAAAUAGUCGACGGAUAUGUAAACAGUGAACUGUUUGACCUGACCUUGAGAGAUUGAGUUGUAUUUUGGGAAACGACAACUAAUUUCAUCAAGUAUUGAAUUUAUAAUGAGUAGACGUUAGAAUUCAGAUUUCGCUUAGUUCUUUACGCUGCAGCUGUUUUCUCUACAAAUUAUAUAUGCACAAUAUAUAACAAUACACAUAACAGACGUCACCGCAGCGCUAUUGUACUUGUAUAGCAACGGCAGGCCUACGAAACGAUGGCUGCGAGAUGCGCACGCAGUGUGAAGAUCUAUUUCAAAUCAGUCUGCGUAAGAUUAUCGAUUUCCUGCAAUAUUCUUUCUACGAAAAUCGGUGCGUUUGCUUAAAUUGAAACUUUUCACAUGCAAAUACGCCAACUACUUACGGCGUGCGGUGAGAGAACUCUUGAAAGUGAGUGAGUAUUUUAACGACUCAGAACCUUACAGCGCUUGGCUGCGUCAACCGGACUUUAUCGCUGCACAAGUCGGUAUUUUUCUAUUAGCGGGCUUUGAGACGUCCUCUUCACUGAUCGCGCUCAUAUUAUACGAAUUGGCAAAGCAGCCGGUGAUUUAACGAAAAUUGAAAACCGAAAUUUCAACGUAUUUCGAGAUCCACCCAAUGGCGGUGAAAGUUACAAGCAGUUGUUGCAUAUGCCUUACAUGCAUAUGGUGGUCGCAGAGGGAUUGCAUCUAUAUCCAACAGCACCCUUUAUUAAUCGUGAGUGUUUGCCGAUUGGCGAGCAGCAGACGUUAUGGUAUGGGAAGGGGAAAGUACUUCAGCGUACACAGAGCUGUGCCGGCAUAUAUUUCCAUUUUGGGCUUACAUAGUGAACCAAAGGUGAGUUCAACAAAUGGUGGAAAUACCUAGCUAAAUGUAACAUUAAAGAAGAGAUGGAAAUUUGAUUUCGCUGACGUGAUCUCUAGAUAUCGUUUAAUCGCAAUGCAUUUAUCACGAACGCGAGGACGGUGAAUACUAAUGAAAUUAUAGAAAGCUUCAUAUUGCUGGAUCGUUUGUUGUACUUGAAGGAGUUAGGUUGUGCAUAGAGCUAUAUUGUGACAGUAUUGGAUGCAAUAAUAUCACCGAGAUGUUUUGGCUUUAUGGCUUUGAAUGGCGCUGCUAGCUGAUGACCUUGAUUUAAUGCCUACAUAUACACAUACAUACAUACAUACGUACAUACGUACAUACAGAUACCGACAUACAUGUAUCUGUGUAAUUACACUCAGCCGGUCGUAAAACCGCUUAUUGACAAUUAACUGUAUAUGAUAUCAUAUUUUAUUGCAUUGUUGUACAUACAUAUUUACACAGUGCAAAUAAAUUCUUAUUAUUUACAUCUACGACAAUUUGAUUGAUAGUAUAAAAAAUGGCAAUGUUUUAUAUAUGACGAGCUUAAGUAGCAUGCAAAUAGCAAGACAUUUUAAUUAUUUGUUUAACUUCGUGCACACACACACACACAUACUCACACCGCAUAUGCGUGAGCGUAAACUAGUCAUUAAUUACUUAUAUUAAAGAUAAUGAAUUGUCAAUUUGAAUUAUAUUUUCGGCUUAUUCGAAAUUUUCAUAAAACUAACAUACAUAUAAUACAUAUUUACACCCUUAUUUACAUUUAAAAAUCUCUUAAAAUGUAUGUUUUAGGCAGAAAAUAAAAGCUCAAACCAGUAGUACUAGCAUACUUAGUGUUAUUGUGGAGGCGCGUCACAAAAGGGCGUCAGAAAUUAAACGCUUCCUUUAUAAAUAAUAUUUUACGUAAGAUAAAUAUAUCUAAAAAAAAACGAGUAUUCUGAAAGAUAAUAAAGUGGAAGCUUUAUUUUUUUUUUUUAAUUUUUAAUAUAUUUCUAUCGCAAUAAUUAACGGUUAAAAACUAUAUGAAUUAACUCAACCUACAUUCUUUAACAAAAAAUUUAUUUGAAUUUGUUUGAACGCUUGCAAGAAAAUAAAAACAAUAUUUUAAACUUUUUUAGAAUUGAAAAUUUAGAACAAAAAACAAUAAUUUUUUAUGCCUUAUACAAAUUUUUUGCAUGAAAAAUAUUAAACUAGUUUAUUUUAAUCUUUGAAGAAAUAUCGAUUCCCUUUGAAAAAAAAAUUUAAAAAAGGCGGCUUUGACAGCUAUCAACUGGCCACCACACAAGUAGGCGAACCAACUAACAUUAUUAACGGUUUUUAUAAUAACUUUUGUUUAAAAAAAAAAUACAUGUAAUAUCACUCUCUCCUUCUCGCUCGUUUAUUUUUCUGCUACCUGUUCUCCUUACCCCCUACAAACUUUAAAAGCAGUGCUUAUAAUGCUGUCGGUAGAUACUACUUGCCUCUUGGCGACCCUUUUGGCGUUGGUCUACAUUUGGUGCCGCUAUACAUAUGGCUACUGGAAACGUAAUAAGGUGCCCUAUAUGACGCCAUUGCCACCGAUUGGCAAUAUGGAUGUUUUGUUUACAAUGAGGAAUAGUUUCUAUCUAUAUCUAUCUGACGUUUAUAAGGAUGCGAAAAUGUCAAAGGCCGCGGCAGUUGGCAUUUAUAUACUCACUAAGCCGGCAUUAGUGUUACGUGAGCCGGAACUUAUUAAAUCUGUGCUAAUCAAGGAGUUUCCGAAGUUCAGCAAUCGUUCAGCUGGCUGUGAUCCACACGAUGAUGCUUUGGGCUCAAAUAAUAUGUUUUUCAUACGCAAUCCACAAUGGAGAGACUUGAGAUCGAAAAUAUCGCCGACAUUCACAACGGGAAAGAUCAAACAAAUGUAUCCACUAAUGACUGACAUCAGCAUAGAGUUAGAAACCCAUUUGAAUUCGUAUGCAAAGACUGACGACGCUUUCGUAACCGAAGUUAAAGAGGUUUGUGCGCUCUUUACCACCGAUAUGAUUGCUACCAUCGCUUUUGGUGUGAAAGCUAAUAGUCUUGUAAAUCCGAAUGGCGAAUUCCGCACACAAGGACGAAAAUUGCUAACCUUUACAUUCGGUCGUGCCUUUAACUUCUUCGUCGCUUUUUUCUUUCCGAAUUGGGUUACUACAUUGCGCAUUAAACUUUUUACGCCGGAGUUCAGCUCAUUUUUACGUGGCACGAUCGAUCAUGUGAUGGCGUUAAGAGAGAAGAGCAAAGCGAAGCGUAACGAUCUUAUCGAUGUGUUGGUAAGCCUGAAAGAAGAGGCUAUUGCGAAAGGCGAGUACAAUGCUCAGUUACAAGAUGUGUUGACAGCACAAGCUGCGGUAUUUCUAUCAGCUGGUUUUGAGACGUCAUCUGCGACGAUGACUUUUGCGCUAUACGAGCUAUCGAAACGACCCGAUUUGCAAGAACGUCUGCGCAAUGAGAUUUGUGAAGCUCUCCUAGCUGAGCAGGGUACAAUUUCAUAUGAGACUAUCAAUAAUCUACAAUAUCUGGGUAUGGUAGUGGACGAAGUGUUGCGUUUAUAUCCAGUACUACCUUAUCUCGAUCGCGAACAUCUGCCGAAGAAAGGAGAAAAUCAAUUCGAUCUUAAACCGUAUUACGAUUACACAGUGCCAAUCGGUAUGCCUAUUUAUAUACCAAUCUUCGGCAUACAACGUGAUCCUGAGUAUUGGUCCAACCCAAACACUUUCAAUCCUGAACGCUUCAGCGCCAAGAAUAAGAAAACUCAUAAGCCUAUGUCCUAUUUUCCGUUCGGCAAUGGACCACGUAACUGUAUUGGUAGUCGGAUCGGUUUGCUGCAAACGAAGAUGGGUUUGGUGCAUAUAUUGAAGAAUCACUAUGUGACCACUUGUGAGAAAACGCCGGCGGAAAUCACUUUCGAUCCACUGUCCAUAGUUUUGAAUUAUAAGGGAGGCAUUUACUUGAAAUUUGUCAAUGACAAACGCUAUGAGCGAAAUGCGAGGCAGUGAAUGUUCAAAAUUCGAACUAAUUUCGAAGGGCACCGGUAAAAUUAAAAAUGCGACAACUAUCUUUAUAUAAUAAAAAGUAUUUAAAAUUAA